GUUAAGAAGGGUUAUACUUCCAAAAGAAAGUGAGGAUAUUUAAAGCUUUAUCGGGGUUUAGGUGGCUGUGAAGCAGUCACUGAAAAUGGAAGAGUUCCACCAUGAUGAUGAUUUCGGCGAACUCUACGCCGACAUUGAAGUUCUCAAUGCCACCGCCGAAGAACAAGACGAAGAGGAAGAAGAAAAACUGGAUGUGAACAGUAACAUUUUCAACCUGGAUGAGGACAAGAGCGACGACAAAGUGAAUGAUGACUCUGCUGCUGCCAGUGACAGCGACGACGAUUUGAAAAUCGUGCUGAAUGACGAGGAUUCUCCUGUCGGAGUUGUUGGUUGUGACGAUGACGGUGGAUAUGGCGAUGAUGGUGAUGAUAAUGGCUCCAGAUUGUAUGCUAAUAAGAGUGGUAGGAGUCGAGGAUUGGCGUUUGUUAAUAUUAUGACGGCCAAUGCGGCAAUGGGGAUGUCUUCCUACAUUUCAUCCUUGAAUAAAGGGAGGAGGAAUGGUGAUGCCUGCAUCCAGAACCUUGCGUUGAGCUCCUCUCGAGUGUGCCUUGCAGCAAAUCCUGUGGCUGUUCAAUGUGGAUAUGGAUCGGUUCUUCCUUGGUAUUGGGGCAUAUUUGAUGUAAACAUUGAUACAUUUAUGGAGAAGCCAUGGAAUGUUCCUGGAGUUGACAUAACAAAUUACUUUAACUUUGGUUUUAAUGAGAGCACUUGGAAACUAUACUGUGCUUCAUUGAAGCAACUUUGGAGAACAUCCUUGCAAACUUGUAUUUCAGUUGAUAGCUCUGCUAAAUGGAAUCAGGAAGCCGUAAGAGAGCAAAGUGAUCAAGCUGUGUUAGGGAGUGUACUUUUUCCUUCAUCAGAUUGUGAAUUGCCGAAAGGCAGAGCAAUUCAGGUUGAGGACAGCAUGGUUGAACGACAACCAUCCAUAGAUGUAAGGCGACCACGCAAUAGGGAUUUUAAUGUUAUAGAGAUAAAGCUGCUUGAAUCCUCUGAUGAUUGUUCUGGUUCUGGCAAUAGCACUGUAAUGGAUGCAUCAUUAGAAGGAGAAUCUAUGGCAGCCAAUAUGAGAAAUAUUCUUGAUUCUUCUAAUGAACGGGAUGAAGUGGUGUCUGAAGAUCAAUUGGAAGAUGUAAUAAAAGCUGAGGACUCUUCUGUUCUGAAAAGAACUGGAACGAUAAUUGGCGUAAAUGGAGAUGAGCAUCGAGAUCAACCCAAUCAACUUUCUGAAGAUACUGCAGAAGUGCCAGAGGGGGAAAUAAAGACAGAUGAAGGUGGUGGCAUCGAACCAUGUAGUUCUUAUCCACAUUGGAUUGAGUCAGAACUGUCACUGGGAGAUCAAGAGUGUAGCCUGACUUCCUAUAGUGAUAGUGAUUCUGAGCCAACAGAAAACAGUGUUCAUCUUGAUAAUGAUACAAGCCCAAUUAGCCCUAUAAAAAGGAAAACAUUGAAUUGUGUUACUGACACGAAGAAAUCUUCCCCACUUAAUUGGAAGAACUCAAAAAACAACAGUGUCAAUGAAAAAACAGUAAACAUAGCUUAUAAUUCAAGAACUAGAGGUCUAUUCAGAAAAGAAUGGAGGCACCAAAGGGAAGGAUAUGAGUCUGGUUAUGAUAAGAACGAGCACACUGAAAAUGGUAAUGAUGUUUUUUCCAUCCUCAAGUCCAAUAAGAGGGAUCUGUCUCCAUUGGCUCAUCGAUUUGUUGACUAUGGCAGACAAAAAGACCAACGGCAAACUUUUGGAAGUCAAAGAAAAAGAGAUGUUUCAUAUAAUAGACAAACAAAACAAUCCUACUAUUAUGGCGAUGAAAAGGUUGUUGAUGAGUUGGUUACAAGGUGCACUAAAUAUUAUCAUGAAGAUCGAGGAAGCUUUAGGGAGAAUACUAACCGAUAUGACAGGAAAAAUGGGGAUGUAGGGGACUAUAUUUCUGAACCAGGUUAUUGCUUUGCAGAUAAUGAGGACAGAGAUAGAGAUUGGUAUCAUCCUGGUUUUGGGUCCUCUGCUUAUGACCUGAAUCCUUGCCCUUAUAGGGAGCCUAGGCAGUUUCUUCCAAAACAUUCAUCUUUUCUUGAUAAGGAAAGGCAUAAUCAAAGGAAAAGAAUGGAUGGAAGAUCCCAUUUCAUCGACAGUAAAUGCAUUGAUGGUUUUGAUGAACGUGAGUUUGAGUUUGUAAACAAGAGCUAUAGGAUGGCCACUUCUGCUGCUGAGAGAGAAAUGGAAUCUUCAUAUAUUAAUUGUGAAGAGCAAUUUCAACAAAUUGGUAGAGAUUGGAAAAGAUCUGUCCCAAGGGGAAGACACUGUGACAGCUCCCGUUUACUUUUGAAUAACUCAUGUUCUGGGAUAAUGGAAGAUAAUUAUCCAAAAUAUGCACAUUGCCAUACUUCAAAUCUUAAGUAUCAUAAACAAUCUUGUACAGAUUCAAUGAAAAAUUAUGCAUAUGGUGCAAGAGUGAAUGAAAACUUCGGGGAUUAUGGAAGAGAUAAGCAUGAUAGGGACAGCAGAGGCAGUUACUGGUCAAGUGAUUAUACCGAAACUGUAAAAGAUGAAAUUUAUCCUGUAGAAGAGUAUCAGUUUUACAGGUCCCCAUCUAAGUUCCUGGACUGGACUGAGGAUGAAGUUAUUUAUAGGCAUCAUGAAACAACUCUCUGUGCUAAGGUGCAGAGUGAUGAUAUGCCAUUGCAACGGCAUUGGGUAAAUGUUCCGAAACGUGAUACUGAGAAAUAUUUUAAAGCUAGCUCUAAGACUAUGUACAGAAGUAAGGGUGGACAAGCAGUGCUGAGAUGCAGGAAAUCAGCUGACUUGAUUGAUAGGGAAGGAAAGUCUCAAGUGAGAAGUUCCAGAGUCUUGUCCAAUGGUAGGCUUGAAAAUGUCAACCAGUGUAUUGCCAAGAAACGGAUGAGAGAUUCAGUGGGUUUUGAUGAAUCUAAUGAGAGGGCCAGCAAAUUUGAUGCCUCUAAAUACGAGAGAAACCUCGGAAGCAAGAAAUUGGUCCAGAACCUUCAAGAUCAAGGGCAGAAAGAAAGCUCGGAUAUCGAAGAAGGUCAGAUUGUAACAAAAAAAUGUAAAUCAUCAUUUGAGAAGCCUUCUACAUCCAGAAGAGAUGCUUCUAAAGGGCCAGCCGUGACUGACAGUGUGAAGAGAAUGUCACAAAACGAAGGUAGUUCUGAACAAUGUAUUGGUGGAUUUGACCGUCAAAGGAUUCUCGAUUCCUUAGCCAAGAUGGAGAAACGUAGGGAGCGCUUUAAGCAACUCAUCCCAAUGAAAAAGGAAGCAGAAGAGAAUUUGAAGCUCACCAUUGAUUCUUCCAUUGUUGAUACAUGUGAAAUCAAGCAACAUAGGCCAGUUCGAAAGAGGCGUUGGGUCGGUAAUUAGUUUGAAUCGAUGGCCAGAGUUUGUUUAAGAUCUAUAAACGACAGCAACUAUCAGGGUGGUCUUAGAUAAUCCAGUUUUGAUAAAAAUCAUACUUUGUCAUUGGCAAAUUUGACAGAUUAUAGAUGUUGUUUUCAUUUCACUUGUUAGAAUAAAGCAUAAUUAACAGUUUUGGCG